UCUAUCGUAGAGAGAGCUUAAAUGAUUGUUGCAUAUUAAAAUCGAUUUGACGCGGUGUGUGGGUAGCUCAUAGAAGUUCUGGCUGGUUGCAAUGUUUAAUGCCCACGGAGAGUUAUUUUUCGUGCUUAGUGGCCAGAGAGAGUAAGAAAGAGAGUAUAAGAGGGACUUGGUGAUAAGCUUCAGUGACCAAAGAGACACUCUCGAUGAGCCCAAGAGUAUUCAGUGGUGACUCGAGUGGCAAUCGAGGAGGAGCAAAUUUUCUGUUUCUAUGUCGUGCCUCUGGUGGAGCUUCGGAAUCAUGAGUUCUGCAACUACAAUUGGAUUCCUAGUCCUCUACCUUGUAGCAUUCACAACCUCCAGUCAAAUUGUCCUCAACUCCGGAUGGUCUCUGUCCAAUGCAAAUGCAACCAUUGGACUUACUGAACUUUCACUCCCUUCUGGCGUCUACACGGCGCUCCAGAAUGCCGGUCUUACCGGCUCUGUUCUACAUUCCUACAAUGACGUCAAUCUCCGAUGGAUCGCAUUGGACAAUUGGACAUACUUCCUCAAUUUUAGCGUAACCGAUGAAAUCUUAGCUUCAAAAUAUAUUAUCCUCACGUUCCAUGGAGUAGAUACCAUUGGUCAAGUUCAUUUUAAUGGUGUGGAGCAAAAGUCCAUCACAACCGGCAAAUAUGAACUGGACAACAUGUUCAUUCGUCACAGAUUCAACAUUAAAAAUUUAAUAAUGGAACCUUACUUCAAGAGUUUUUCCUAUUUAACUGUGACACUAACUUCCCCAGUUACUGCUGCAAAGUCCUUGGCUCAGCAAUACCCCACAACUCCUCCAGAAUGUCCACCAAAUGUUUAUAAUGGGGAAUGCCAUAUGAAUUUUCUACGGAAAAUGCAGGCUAGCUUCUCUUGGGACUGGGGUCCUGCUGUUCCAUCUUCAGGACUUUGGAAGCCUGUGGUGCUUGAGUAUUACAAUUCUGUGCUCAUUAGGGAUAUUACAGUGAAGCUAGAAGAGAAUCUUGAGGAGGAUUUGUGGUUUAUCCACAUGGUAGUUUAUAUCGAAGCAGGAAGUAGUGUCAGCGACGUCAGAGGAACGUUAAGGGUGAUCCUUGCUGAUUUUCCCGGGAGUGAAAAUAGCUUCAGAGUAGACGACAAGACUGACAAUCGUGGAGAACUUGCUCUAUCUCUAACAGUUAAUGUGUCCAGGAGUGAUGUAGAGUUGUGGUGGCCAAAUGGCUAUGGUAAACAGAAACUCUACAUUGUCCAAGUAAUCUUCGAUCCCAGAGAUCUUCCCCGUACCAGAGGAAAUUCUAUUCUGCAUUUUAGGCAGGAACAAGCAUUUAAGAGUAUCAAGAUUGGUUUCCGGACUAUUGAACUUAUUCAGGAGGAGACAUAUGCCAAUGGAAAAGAAGGACUCUCCUUCUAUUUCCGCGUCAACGGAGUGCCGAUCUUUAUGAAGGGCACCAAUUGGAUUCCUGCAAGUAUUUUGCCUGAAAAGUCUUUCAGUGCACCAAGAGUCAAAGAACUCCUAAAAGCCGUCAAAUCCUCCAAUAUGAAUAUGAUUCGAGUUUGGGGUGGAGGAGUUUAUGAAGAUGAUCGAUUCUAUGACCUCACAGACACUUACGGUAUCCUCAUUUGGCACGAUCUUAUGUUUGCUUGUGCAAUGUAUCCUGUUUAUCCGGAUUUCCUCAAUUCAGUUCGCGAAGAAGUUCAUCAGAAUGUUCGAAGAAUACAGAGUCAUCCGAGUGUGGCCAUCUGGGCUACAAACAAUGAGAAUGAAGUAGCCCUUGUUCAGAAUUGGUAUCAUACAGGAGGUGAUCGUGCGCGUUUUGAACAGGAGUAUCGCAAGCUCUAUAUAGAUGUCGUUAAGAAGGAAGUGGAAGCUACUGAUCCAUGGAGGGAAUGUCUCAGUUCAUCUCCAUCAAAUGGACGUCAGACUGAGGCUGAAGGAUGGAUAUCUAAGGAUCCACAGGAUUGGCAUUUUGGUGAUAUUCACUACUAUAAUUACGAUCUCGAUGCUUGGAAUCCAACAAUUUACCCUCGUCCUCGCUUUGUCUCCGAAUACGGCUUUCAGAGUCUCCCAUCAUUAAGAGCCCUUGAGAGCACCCUUCUAUACAGUGACAACAUCUCUCAAAUGAUUGACCACCGACAGCAUUCACCCCUGCGGAAUUUCCCCAUGACGAUCCUCAUAAAGCGGCACCUGCCACUUGAAUCUCUCACCGGAAAUCCCCAGGAAGUCCUAGAGGCGUACAUAUACUUCAGUCAAGUGAGUCAGGCCAUGGCUGUGAAGACAGAGACUGAGGUCUAUCGGGCUAAUCGCAUUGGACCAAUGAAUACCAUGGGAGCGCUAUAUUGGCAGCUCAGUGAUGUCUGGGUGGCUCCUUCAUGGUCUAGCAUUGAAUUCAAUGGCAACUACAAAAUCCUGCAACACUGGGUGAAGCAAUUCAUGGCUCCACUUCACAUCAUUCCCCUUGUUGAUUCCUUGAAGAAUCUCAAGAUAUACGUGGUGAGGGACACUUUGGGAGACAACCAAGAGUUCACAGUAAGACUUCAUCUGCAUCAUUGGGCAGGAUUUGAUGUGAAACUGGAGAAAUCCUGGUCACUAGAUAUGGAGGAAAAUACUGUUGUACUUCUGGACACUCUCAAUUUUGUGGAUAUCUUCGGAUCAGAGGUAAUGGAAAAGUCAGGAUUCCUUUACUUCCUCUUAGAAGAUACAUCUGGCAGGAUUUUGUCUACAAAUUUCAUCUUUCCGGAGAAAUUAAAGGAUGCUCAAGGAAUUGCUAAUCCCUACAUUGACGUCGUCGUAGCGUCAAACCGAUGUAGUUUCUCCGUGAGCCAAAUCUCUCUGGAAGUAAAGGCACGAGCUCCGGCAAUUUUCGUCUAUUUGCAGAUUUACAAUACCAGAAUUCAGACCUAUACUCUGUCCAAAAAUGGUUACAUUCAACUAGAGCCAAUUCAAAUGAUUCGGCUGGAGUUUGAGAAUGAAAAUUGCGCAACAGUCCUCCAGAAGAGCGAUAUUCGCAUUCUAACCAUUAAUGACUACCUGAAGACCACCCAGUAAUUUUGUGACUGUGCAGCAAAAAAAAAAAGACAAACAUCCAAGUGAAAUUAUAUGCAAAAGAGAUUGAGAGAAUUAUGCAAAUUUAACCACGAUGUCAUGCGCACUUCUCAAGUGAUAAUUUCUCAAUCGCCGCACGAAGGUCGUUCACUUCAUUAGCAUGAGAACAGCUCUCUGGAAUGCCACCGAAAACCUCCUGGAACUCCUCCAAAUAGUCUCUCCCCAGGGACUUUGCCGUUUCUGCAGGUGACCAAUUGAUACAUCAUAAGUGAUUUAUUACUAAAGUUAUCGUUUAUCCAUAGCAAUUGAGAAGUCAAUCAAUAAAAUAAGAUUUUGUUUUUAAAUAGCAAA